AUGGCUGCAUGCAUUUCUGAUGGACAUCAGUCUUGGCCGACGCUGCUUUUGAGUUCUUGGUUAACUGCCACGAGAGAUUGGAUGCUCUUGGACUACUUGCGUGAGGAGAGGCGUGAGAGGUUUGACCAUCUUGAGCAGGGUUCUAUAAGUGUUACUGAAUACGAGAUGGAGUUUCAUGCCUUGUCCUGUCAUGCUUUGACUAUUCUACCUGAUGGGACGGAGAGGAUCUGCAAGUUCAUUCGAGGGUUAUCGUAUCAUCUCAAGGUUGCUGCUAUGUUUGUUGCCUCUUCAGGCAAGGACUUUGAGGGUGUUGUUGAUGCUGGGCGGGGUAUGAAGACCCUCAGAGUUAAAGGAAUUGAAAGAGCAGUUGCAAUAUUUAUUGAGCAAAGGGUUUAUUUCGUCCUAGUGUUUCUCCUUGGGGUGCACAGGAGUAGAGAGGAGCAUGAGAGGCAUUUGAGGAUUGUUCUUGAGACUUUGAGGGAGAAGAGGCUUUAUGCCAAAUUCUCCAAGUGUGAUUUCUGGCUUAGUUCUGUGGCGUUUUUGGGGCACGUGGUGUCCAAGGAUGAAGGGAAGGUCAUAGCCUAUGCUUCUAGGCAAUUGAAAGUGCACGAGAAGAACUACCCCGUUCAAAACUUGGAGUUAGCAACGGUGGUGUUUACUUUGAAGAUUUUAAGGCAUUAUCUCUAUGGCAUGCACUGUGAGGUUUUCACGGAUCAUAAGAGCCUUCAAAGAUAUUUUCAACCAAAAGGAUUUGAACAUGAGGCAACGAAGGUGGUUAGAGCUACUCAAGGAUUAUGCCAUGUCUAUCCUUUAUCAUCGGGCAAGGCCAAUGUGGUUGCGGAUGCUUUGAGUAAAAAAUCUAUGAGCAUGGGUAGUCUUGCUUGUCUUCAGGUUGGAGAGAGACCGCUGGCUAGAGAGAUUCAGAGUUUGGCAAAUUCCUUGGUUAGGCUUGAUAUUUAUGAGCCUGGUAGAAUUCUCGCUUGCGUUGAGGCACGUUCCUCUUUGUUGGAGCAGAUUCGAGCUCAACAGUUUGAUGAUCCAAAGUUAAGCAAAAUUCAGGACAAAGUGUUGGAAGGGAAGGCUAGAGAGGCUAGACUGGAUGAUGAUGGGAUUUUAAGGAUCAAGGGUCGAGUGCAUGUGCCUCGGACCAGUGAUUUGACUACUUUGAUUAUGGAGGAGGCCUACAGCUCGAGGUAUUCUAUUCACCCUAGUGCUAUGAAGAUGUAUCGAGAUUUGAAGAAACACUCUUAG